AUGGCUGCUCAGCUCAGGACCAGGAGGAGGCUCUGUGGAGGACAGAGCACUGAGGAGCUGCUUCCCAUCCUGCAUAUUGUCAAGCUGAGCCCCAGCAAAGCUCUGCUACGUCAGCUGCUGGACCUUGUGUGUGAGGGGAUUGAAGAGGGGGUGAUGAGGCACGCAGAGUCCCUGUGCAGAGCCCUGGAUGGAGAGCUGGACCUCAGUGAGACCAGGCUGGACCAGAAGGCCUGUGGAUCUCUGGCCCUGGUUCUGGAACACUCAGAGGGGCUGUCAGAACUGGACCUCAGCCACUGUCAACUCACAGACCACCACCUACAGCCCCUGAUCACACACCUGCACAAAGUACAAGUCCUGGACCUGAGUCACAAUGACAUCACUGAUGCUCUGACUGACAGAAUACUCCAACUGGUCUCCACCAACACUUCAAUACACACCGUACGACUCUUCAACAACAGAAUCCAGGACAGAAGACCCUUCCUGACAGACAAGAGGUUUGAGAUCUGGUGAAGAUAAUGUUGUAUAAUGACAGUAUAAUGUGGUCAAUGUAUAUAAAAGGCUGUUACAAAAUCACACUGAUUGAUCUGAGUCCAUAAAAAUAGUCUUAGGGACAGGAAUGUAUCAUCUGGUGGACAGACGUCUUACAUGUGUUGUCACUCAGGUCCUUAAAAACACAGG